AUGGAAAUAAAGGAAGGAACUGACGUGCCGCCGCACCGCACCCCGCGAACGCUCAAUUCAGCCGCUAACAUUGGACCGGACCUUCCAAGAAAGAGCCAACAACAAUCCGGCAAUCGCAAAUUCCAGCCAAUAUCCGUCGGAAAAUGCUAUGCGCAAACCGCCACAGAUAGGUUUGGCGAUGGUGCCAAAGCCGCAGUCCGUGAUCGCGAGCGGUUGAACAUGGGCCUACACCCCCAGAACUCCGAAGUCCCCUUUGUGUGGCCCGGUAACGACUCGGACGACGAGAAGCAUAACGGAUCUAUAUACCGAUUAGUACCAUCCAUGCAGAAGUUCAGAGGCAACCUGACUGCCCUUUCCCAAGUAUACAAUCUUUACUUCUCUGCAUAUCAAGGCCGAAUAUUCGUAUACAGACCCCGGGCCGCCCCGAGCCAAGCACUCCCGAGCCAACCUGAUCUACAACUCAAACCGAAACAAAGUAGUGUGGCCCGAUUGGUAGGAGGCGCACUCGACGAAUCCAGGCCGCAUACCGUGAACCAUAUGACAAUCGGAUUCCUUGGCGACGAAGAAAUAGUUCUUGCGUGCUACGACGACGGCGACGUGGUUGCAUACUACACCAAGGACCUUGCGAAACGGAUUUUCACAUGCCGUGGUAUGACCGAUACGUUACACAAAACACAAACAGCUCCGAAGCAGUUCUUCCAUGAGAAUGUUGGGAUAUCAGCUUGGGGUUUAGCUGUACACCAAAAGUCUCGUUUAAUUGCCGUCAGCUCAAACCGCCAUGAGGUGGUUGUCUUUGCCCUCGCCUUGGCCCAGAACCCCCCUAGUCGCAGGACAAGUGUACCCCGAACGACGCAGCCAACCAUUCAAACACGGACCCGGAAUUGGCGAAUUGUGAUCCGAUUGCCUCCAACCGCGGACAAUAUCCCCAAUGUCUGUUUCAUAGAUGAUCGUCAUGGCAAUGCGCAGCGUGUUGGUGCGGUUGAUGUCAAGGGAAAUGCAUGGCUUGCAGAGAUCUGGCAAGGGAACAUAGGGCCAAUAGAGCUUCGGCCAAUAUCCGAGAUUCUGAUCAGGAGUGAAGAGUUCUAUCCCGCUCCGUCUAGAGGAUGGGGAAUAUUCGCACUCGGUGAAGGGGAUUUCUUGAAAGUCAAAACCACGGAGGAGCUGUUUGGUUUACCUUCAGAUCAACUUGAAAUUGUCCCAGCAGGCAAUGGGCAACCUCUGGUGAACAUUAGAAAUGCACUCUCUAAGAUUCCUGACAAUCCUCAAUUGAUCCCGCCACCCCUUACAGGUAUGCCAGCCAUGCAUGGUCCAGCUAUUUGGGAGCCGGGUUUAUUCCAGCCAUGGUUUGCAAUGCCGGAUGGAGCAGGACUACUGGGCAGCGAUGGAAGCGAUGUUGCAGGCGAGGACGAAUUUGAAGACACUGAGGAAAGCGACGAGGAAGGCGAUACGGACGAGGACUCUGAGGUUGAUACGGAGGCUGCCACGGUCACGGUCACUCCCCACAAUUACUGGAACGCCAUCAACCAUGUUCAAGCCCAUGGGCAUGAGCACGACAACGACAAGUCAGUCGCCAGUCUUCCCGAUAACUUGUAUGCAUGGGAUGCGAGGUUGAAACAAGAGGACUUGAAAAGGCGGCAAUGCGCAAAGGAAGACAAGGACGAAGCUGCUUCUGGAGGCAUUGCCAACCCCCACAAGCUUGAUAUGACAUACUUUCCUCAUAGCAACACGGUGCAACCAACGCCUCGGAACACCUUCCAUAUGAUGACUUUCCUGGGGAAUAUUAAAUCCUCUGAGCAUAACCGACAUCCCUUAACACCGCAGACUCAUCUGGCAGAUCUUGGGAAGAAGCUGUUUCUGCUACGAACAUACGAGAAAGAUAUCGAACUGCGCUCGUUCGCCACAUCCCCAAGUGAAAAUUCACCCUCAGAGAUCGGAGUUGUUUGUCCAGACGUACUGACAUUUGGACGGUUUCGAAAUGUCGGCUUGCGAGGGCAUUUUCAUGCGACAAGUAGGCUGAACAUGAUUGCUUUAGCCCCUGAACUUUCUCUCAUGGCCAUCGGAUCACCUACUGGACGGGUUGCGAUCAUAACACUGACACGGAAGGCUUUCCCGACUGAGCACCAUGAGGUUGCCUGGGAGCAUGGAUUUCGAGUGGAGUGGGUGCUACCAACAGGGUCUGAUGAGGCCAAACAUCGCAAGACCCUGCGGCCUAUGCACGGAAUGGCCCUAGGUCCAGUCCAGACAGGCGACAAUGUCGGAGGGAGGAACAAACGGGCAAACUAUGCAUUUUCUGAUCCCAGGCGUUUCCAUUUGGACUCCCUUUGUUGCUUUUCCCAUGCCAGGAGAGAGUCCUGGCUCAUCAUCGAUACCCGGCGGGUGCUUUCAUUAGGUAUGCUAGGCUGGAGUUUUGGCGUCAUGGACAAUUAUCAUGGCAGUUAUUCUUUGGGGGAAGCUGAAAUUCUCAAAUACCGUAGAUUUGUUGCGAACUGGAGGGUUAGCGGAGCAGUUCACAACCGCGCGACCACAUAG